AUGCGGUAUCUCUUUCAGUUAUCUCUCCUUGUCUGUCUGUUUUGCUUUUUGUAUUUCUGGGGUUUCUGGCCCCUCGUUGCUGCCAAGCUGGAUUUCCUGCAGGUGAAACAUCUGAAGAGGAAGAGGAAGAGCAACUACAGUGUGAGAGAAACACAGACUCUCAUCAGGGAGAUCCACAAGAGGAGGGAUGUUUUGUUCUCCAGACAGCAGAACACAGCCAUUAAUGAGCUAAAGAGGCAGGCGUGGGAGGAAGUGGCACGAGGUGUCAACUCACUGGGGGAGGGCGAGCUACGCACUGCUGCUGAGGUGAAGCGACGUUACCUGGAUUGCCGUGCACUCAUGAAAAGAAAGCAUCUUCAGGCUGAGUUCUCUCUCUCCUCCUCCUCGUCCUCUUCCUUGGCCCUCAAGACUGAGUAUGAUCCCUCCUCCCCUGAGCACGAAGCAGCAUCUCUGGGGUCUGGGUACGACCAGCUGCUGGACCUCUCAGGCUUCCCAAAGGACUGUCACUGUGACUGGCCGGAGCUGGUGGCUCUCAGCGGUCAAGCUAUGAUGGCACCGCCGGACAUGAAGAUGGAAGACAAUGUCAGUGAAUACAGAUUGGAUGGUGAUGUGGGAGACGGAGAAGGGGAAGUAGACGAAGAUGAUCUGCCCUCCCUCCUCAGUGACAUCGAGUCUCAUGGUGAGGGGCAUGUGAGUGAUGUUUAUCCACACAACGACGUUGGCACGCUCAGCUCCUCCAAGACUCCGACCUCCACCACCAAUAGAGACCUGCCGCCGGCUGCUGGCCUGAUGGGAAUGCCCUCUCAUGCUCUGGGAGGAUUCAGCAACAGUGAAAUCAUGGGCACGGAGUUUCUGGCUGCUGUUGAGAAACAGCGACUGGAGCUGGAGAAGCAGCGGCUGGCUGUGGAGACUGAACGCCUGGGUGUGGAGAAAGAGCGGCUGGCGGUGGAAAAGGAGCGACUUCGGCAGACAGAGGUCGAGAGGGAACGACUGCAGCUGGAGAGAGAGAGGUUACAGGUAGAACGGGAGAGGCUGAGGCUCUUGCUCCGCAGUCAGUCAGAGUUUGUCGACUCCUCUUUUAACCUGCUGUCACAGCAGGGCCCGCCCUCAUCCACCAUGCCCUCCUCCUCCUGCACUCAUGACGGACAGUGUGAGAGAGAGAAGAAAGGUGAGAGGUGGAUGAGCGUCGUGAAUCUGGAGACGGAGAGAAUGAAACUGGAGAAGGAGAGACUGCAGCUGGAGAAAGAGAGACUGCAGUUCUUCAAAUUUGAAUCAGGCCGACUGAAGAUAGAGAGAGAGCGCCUCCAGGUGGAGAAAGAGAGAAUGCAGUUGCACAAAGAUCACUAGAGCCACCGAGGCUGAUGAGAGAGAGAAUAAAUUGGAUUUUUAUUUGCUUCUGGGGUGUUUUUUUAAUGCAACAGCAACUGCUCUUUGAUCAACUCUAUUUCUUACACACACAUUUCCGCAAGCGGGUGUGCGUAACGUCAAUGAUUAUUACUGAAGAACAUUUGGCCGAGGAGAAGACAGAGUUAGAGGGCUGGUAUAUUUAUGACCAUCAUGUGCCUUAUGCUGUCUUCAUUAAAAAGGGUGACGGGGCAUAAAAGAUGCCAUGACAAUAAAUAUCUUGGAUUUGCUUGUUACACACAGCUGGUUAAUGGCUGAAGCAGAUUUUCACUAAACACACUCAUGCACAAAAUGUGCAGUGUAGAUACAUCAAUACAACACAUUAUAGAAAAUGUUAAAUAUGAAAGAAAGGGGAUCAUAGAUCCAUAGAUUCAGUGUUUUGGUGUUUAUCUAAAUACUAGGUUCUCGUGUUGAAAUUUGAUUUAAGUGGAAAUGCUUUUGACUAAUACUGUAUAUCAUAGCUAUUUUCCACAGUAGCCAGUUAAAGAAUUAGUGUUUCUUGUGACAUUCAUAAUUGUGUCCUUUUGUUAAAGAGUCUCAGCAGGUCAUGGCAGUUUGACAAUGAUAAAACUGAAGCAGCAUUAUUUCAUUAGUGACACUGAUGCUGUUCCUGUUGUGACGUGAGGAAAAUCCCCUCUGUGGGAAAAAAAAGGCCCAUUUAAGUUUUGACAUUUAGAUUUGUGGACUCAGAGGAGAGUCUGAAGAUCUGUGGUGAGCUCCUGCUGCUGCUGGACGUUGCAUGAUGAAAAGCUGGAGCAGACUAUUACUGAAUGAUGCUAUUUUCCUCUAAUUCAACUGUUAUACACAAUAUUCCCUUAUUACAUUUCAUAGAUUUGUUCUGAGUUAAAAAAACAUUUUUUGUUUUGUUUUUUUCUUCUGGAUUAUAUUUUAUCUCUGACUUACAUGAAUAUGUAUACAUACAUUUUUAUAUAAUGUCUUGCAGACUGGAGGUGGUUUCCAAAUAAUUUUUUGGAGUAAAAUAAAGGUGACUUCCAGAGAAAUUCUGUUUUGAUCAGAACUAAAGAGAUUUAGAGACUAAUGAAAAAGAAUACUGAUAAGAAUGUGAUUCAGUUUGUCUUUUCUGUAUGAGUGCAAGUUUUUGUUAUAUUUGCCUGAAGGCUAAAGCAAUAUUUGAAAAGCCCUCAUUUGGUUAAUGUGACUGACAUAUGUGUUUUAUACAUGGCAAAGUUCUGAUAUUUGAGACAGUCAAGUUAGGGAAACAAUCCAGUAUAAUCUUCUAUAUUAUUACAACUUAGAAUUGAACAGCGAUAACGUAAGAAAACCAUAAAUUAUGCUGAGAGACUCAGUAAAUAAAUAAAUAAAUAAUAAAGAAAUAAAUGAAAGAUGGUGAUGACUAAAUGCAAAAGCUUUAACGUCGGUGCCCAAGAAUCUGUGCCGACUGAUACUAUAAAAGCAUUUGUUACGUUCAGAAUUUGUUUGGAAUGGAUUAUUCCAUCGUGAAGUUUAUAAUUUUUUAUUGUUUAAGUUUUCUACCUUCAUUAUAGGGAUAUGUCCAUCAUUAAUUAAUUAAAGUUAUUCAAAAAAACACAGAGUUUAAUGUUUUAUAUAGUACAAUGUUUUCAAAUGCACAAAUGUUUUAAAUGUUGGGGGGGGGGGCAUGUCAGCUGUUUAUUCAGUUAACUAUUAAAGAGUUUUUGAAUAACUUUGUAAUGUAUGUCAUGUAAAUGUCAAAUAAGUAUCCAUUUUAUUAAACAAAAUCAUCAUGUAAUACAUUUUAAGCGCGCGCGUUGAAAUAUUUAUUUCCGCACAUGCAGCCUGGGGGCGAGUGCCGACUCUGAACGUCUGUAAUAAAUAUUUUCAGAUACUUUUCUCAUCGGAGGAAGAAAUGACUUAUUACUUGUUAUUUUUCACUGUGACUGAAAAGA